AAUGGAUGAGUGAUGUUUAGUAAGCUUACAUUAUUGAUCAGAGGUGAUCUCACGGUACCGUGUUACUGCGCAUGCUGAAAGGAAGUGGCGACCAUUACCGAUAAAUGUCAACAGAGGAUAAUAUUUCGUCAAUUUAAGGAGACACAUUAGACUGCAGUUUAAUGGCUGUGGACAGCGAUUGGCAGAGAUGAUUUGAACGGAAUGGAAUAUUCUUGAUACCCAUCGAAAACAUAUGACGUAGCCAGUCAUGAGUUGGAGGGACCCACGCCGUCCAAGAAAAGGGCCUAUUGUAGACUUUGAUCGCCCUUUUGAUCCUGAAGCAGCUAAGGUAGCAGUAGCUCAGAAGACGCCACGUCAAGAGGAACCUCUCAAAGAAAAUGACUUGGGAAAUAAGAAACAGUUUUUCCCAGUCAGCAAAAGGUGGCAACAUGAAAAAGCUGAAAUGUUCAAACUUCGUGUGAAGACGUAUUUUGAAUAUGGUCCUCGUAAGACCUUUUAUGACAAGUCACCACCUAAUCAAACAAUACCAGUCCGAGCAGACGGUAAUUGUUUCUUUCGCGCUAUCAGCGUUAUCAUCACUGGCAGUGAAAGUGAACAUUUGCGUGUGCGCGAGUUGAUAACAAAACAUGUGAGUGAUCAUCCAGAUAUGUAUCGAACCUUUCUCAUGAGUCGUGGUGGUAUGAGUGAGUACCUCACCAACAUGAGACGACCGAAAGAGUGGGCCACUGAUGUCGAGAUUCUCGCUACAGCAACGAUGCUGAAAUCUGUCGUGGAAGUGUUUUUUCCGUGUAGGAUCAAUAGCAUCACUGAAUACCGAUGGCAGACAUUCAAACCUCUCGAUAAUCCAGAUAUUAAUCAACCUGCCAUAUACAUUUGUAACAAGAAUGAACACUUUGAACCUGUGUUGGAUAUAAACCCGACCACUGGCACAUCAAGUGAAAGACCAAAGAAUUUCCGAAAAGCAGCUUAUGGUCUUGAUUACUAAUGCCUAAUUUGCUACACUUUACCAUCUUACAAUAAGCAUGGGGCACAGUGGGUUUCCUCUGUCUGGGUGUGUUGACUUAAGACAGGAAAAUGUAUAAUACUUUAUUAGGUCAUUCUGGGACCAGUCUCUAUUGACUCCUACAUGGAAUGUUAAAUUUGACAGAUGCUUCACAAGUCUGGUAUAAGAACCAGUCUGAGUACCUAUAUCUGUUACAUACAUGGAUUUACAACUCUGACCAAACUUUAUUGGCUGUGAUACAUGUGUUAAGUACAUCUAUACUGUGAUGGAUAGAUAUUUUUGACAGUUAAUUCUAUGAAAAGUAUCUAGCAGGGCUCUCACGCCCCAUUUUGGGACUGGGGCUCGGGGCCCUUAGAAUUGGGAAAAAUAGCUGUGUGUUCCUUAGAAUUGGGAAAACUUGGGGUCUAAAUUGGGAGAAGAAAGAUACUAUUUUGCAUUGGGAAUCUGGCAGAUCGAGAGCCCUGUCUAUAGAUAUUAGUUAUAAGUGUCCAGAUUGGUGGUUAGUUUGUGCACCAGAAAUUAUUAGUCUCAAGCAACAGUAAAUAAUUGAACAUUGACCUGCAAAAUUGAUAAUACUGCAGAAUUUGCAGUCUUUAUGAUACUUCUAUAGUCACAACAUAUCCGUUUGAAAAAACAUCUGAUACUCUUGUUUUAUAAACGUUGAUAUAGUCUAGAUUUCUUCAGAUAAUGAUAAAGUCUGACUCUAUGUUCUUGCCAUGAAGGUUACUUUAAAACACCCACAGAUUGCCUGAUUUAGUUGCAGAAGUCCACAUAAUUGGCUUGCCAUGUGCCGAGUGUACAGCAUAUAAGGAAUAUCUGGUGAUAGUCAAUUAUUGUAUUGUACAUAGUAACUGCAGUGUUACACAGCCGCUAAUAAGUAACUACUUGUAUUGUACAUAGUAAAUAGUGUUACACAGCCACUAAAAAAUUAACUUAUUGUAUUGUACAUAGUAAAUACAGUGUUUCACCGACACUAAUUUGUUAUAACCUUAGGCAAGACCCUCCACCCUAAUUGCUAGAGCUGGACAGCAAGCAAUGGGCCUCCUGUAUGUUGUUCAGUUAGAUAUCCACCUGAUACUACAAGAAAACCCUGCCUCUAAAUAACCCAAGGGACGAUAUACCCAGCAAACAAACUGUCCAUAGUUAUUGUAGGUAUCAUGUAAGUACUUAAAUAAUUUUUUUCAAUUUAUGCAUAAUAUUUCCAAACAAUUUUCUCAAGAUACAUCACUAUAUUUUUUUCACUGUAUUAAUUGGAGAAAUACUGCUUAGAACGUAAGAUCUAUUACUUUUUUUUUCUUUUCGCCUGAUAAACCAGUCAGGAGCACUGAAAGGGAAAUUAGACAUCUGAUCUGGUAGAGAUGAACAUCUUACAAAUAGUUUUAUUAAAGUUUCUCUACUGUUAAGUGAUACCAGGAUGCCUUUGGUUUAAUUAUCUUCAAUCAAAUUACCAUAUUUGUCUUGUAAUAAGCCUAUCCAUGACAAAAAAAAAAAAAUGUAUUGUAAUUUUAUUGUCCCCAUAGGUUUUCAGUAGUACAAAUAUGUACAUGAAUAUUUAGCAAUCCACAUCUUUUAUAAAGUUCAACAGUCAUUUUGUGGAUUAUAUGAUUAAUGUAGGAGAGGUGGGGGAAUUUUAUUUCUUAAUUGGUGUUUGACAUUUUUUCCGACUUCAUCACUUUCUUGGUUAAGUUUUACUGCAAGAAAUGAAAUACUGCUGUUGUGUAUUUAUAUAAAUACAGUGACAUUGGGUGCCCUGUGAUAAAGUACUGAGAUUCAGUCUGUCAUACCACUCCGUUUGAUGUCCAAUGUGCUGCUGAACAACUAAAAGGUAAAACUUGACGUUAAGAGGUACUUUUAUAUAGUAAUUUGAUCCCAGGGACGAAAUUUUUUACUUACGAAAUAUCAGAGUGUAUCAAGUUUUCCUUAUUUGAGCUUUCCAUGUUUUUAUUACUAAGACGAGAGAAUUUUCCCAGGACUGACAAAGUACUUCGAGUUAAGCGAGGUAUUCAUCCGAGUUCGAAUUAACAAAGUUUGUCUGAGUGUAUAUUAGGAUGCUGAUAUUUGGUUUGAGGGUAGUUUUAGGUUGUGUGAUUCAAUUUGCGGAGUGAACAUAAAUCUUUUCUUUUUUUAAUUUGGAAAGUAGAUUUUUAAGGGGAAUGACACUUUUGCUUUGUAGUUUUGCUGCAAUAUUUCAGAAAUGUUCAUAUUGUUGUACUGAUCCAAACAGGUUGAACUUUGACCUUAACCUAUGACCUUAACCUCUCAUUCAGUAACAAAAUACCAUGGUAUGCUUUGCUAUAUACAAACAGCUCUUGAAAAUCUUUGAUAUUUAAGGGGUAUGCCAUUUUAUUAGCUUGGCAACACCACUACCUCAUUCAUCCCACCAAUCCUCUGAAUUUGUCCAUGCAUUAUAUUUGCAUAGAUCACCAGCGUAAUAUACCCUUGAGCAUUUUUCAUUGGCUGUGUCAAUAAUUGAUUGUGAUGUCAUAAUAGGGACAAAGUUUUUUUUUUCAUAUGAGGAAGUAAGAAACGAAAGCUCAUAUAAUCCAAGAUACUGGCUUUAUAUUUGAAGAUAAAGAUCCAUGGUGUCAUAUUUCAAAAUGCCAAUAGGUAUUCCCUAUGUAAAUAAAAAAGAAGGCCAUAGUUAGAUCAAAUAGUUCCCCUGAUUAAUCGCUGUGUGAUUCCUGCAGGUAUAAUCACACAUCCAAACAAUGUGCAUGUCCUUCAAGGGAAAAUCAGCAUUUUUUUUUUACUUUGUCUGUCCCAAUAAAAUCAGAUGGUGAUAUUUUCCUUGUACAUAUCUAACAAGGUGUUUGCUUUUCUUUACAUUUUGUUUUGUAUAUAGAAUGCUGUGUUUUCAAUUUUUUUUGCUUUUCUUUUUAGUCCCACAUGUAUUUAUGUACAUGCUGCGUUUUCAAAAUUUUUCAUUUUUUUUCAGUCCCACAUGUAUACAUAUACAUGUUAACUUUCACGUGAUAAUUUCCUUUUUCAUUUCCUUCACCCAGAGUUACUGAUAAUCAGAAUCAAAAUGGCGACCAGUACUUAUAAUUUGAAAACCAGAAUUUUAGAAUGUAAGGAUCAUAGAUACUUUAACUGUGUUGAUUUUGAAAAUGUAUCAAUCCUGUUAUGUUGAAUAUGUUGGUGUAUCUGUAGUAGCCACUUCCCUUUGGUGGGUUAUUUUUCCCUUUGUGUACAGGAAUAGGCUUUGAAACAAAUAGAACUAAAGUCUUUAAAUGUCAUGCAGGUCUCGUACUAGAUCAGUGAUUAUCUUGUAAUGUCACACAGGUCUCACACCAGAUCUGUGAUAUCUUGUAAUGUCACACAGGUCUCGCACCAGAUCUGUGAUAUCUUGUAAUGUCAUACAGGUCUCGUACUAGGUCUUUGAUAUCUUGUAAUGUCACACAGGUCUCACACCAGAUCUGUGAUAUCUUGUAAUGUCACACAGGUCUCACACCAGAUCUGUGAUAUCUUGUAAUGUCACACAGGUCUCACACCAGAUCUGUGACAUCUUGUAAUGUCACACAGGUCUCACACCAGAUCUGUGAUAUCUUGUAAUGUCACACAGGUCUCACACCAGAUCUGUGAUAUCUUGUAAUGUCACACAGGUCUCACACCAGAUCUGUGACAUCUUGUAAUGUCACACAGGUCUCGUACUAGAUCAGUGAUAUCUUGUAAUGUCACACAGGUCUCGUACUAGAUCAGUGAUAUCUUGUAAUGUCACACAGGUCUCGUACUAGAUCUUUGAUAUCUUGUAAUGUCACACAGGUCUCGUACUAGAUCAGUGACAUCUUGUAAUGUCACACAGGUCCUGAACUAGAUCUUUGACAUCUUGUAAUGUCACACAGGUCUCGUACUAGAUCAGUGACAUCUUGUAAUGUCACACAGGUCUCGUACUAGAUCUGUGAUAUCUUGUAAUGUCACACAGGUCUCGUACUAGAUCAGUGACAUCUUGUAAUGUCACACAGGUCUCGUACUAGAUCUUUGAUAUCUUGUAAUGUCACACAGGUCUCGUACUAGAUCAGUGACAUCUUGUAAUGUCACACAGGUCUCGUACUAGAUCUGUGAUAUCUUGUAAUGUCACACAGGUCUCGCACCAGAUCAGUGACAUCUUGUAAUGUCACACAGGUCUCGUACUAGAUCUGUGAUAUCUUGUAAUGUCACACAGGUCUCGUACUAGAUCAGUGACAUCUUGUAAUGUCACACAGGUCUCGUACUAGAUCUGUGAUAUCUUGUAAUGUCACAAAGGUCUCGUACUAGAUCAGUGACAUCUUGUAAUGUCACACAGGUCUCGUACUAGAUCAGUGACAUCUUGUAAUGUCACGCAGGUCUCGUACUAGAUCAGUGACAUCUUGUAAUGUCACGCAGGUCUCGUACUAGAUCAGUGACAUCUUGUAAUGUCACGCAGGUCUCGUACUAGAUCAGUGACAUCUUGUAAUGUCACACAGGCAUCAUACUAGAUCAGUGACAUCUUGUAAUGUCACACAGGUCUCGUACUAGGUCUGUGAUUCCUUAGUAUUACACUGAUUUCUCACUGCUGUUGAUGUUUUAAUGUUUCAUUGAAAAAUCUAAGCUUUAAAGAUCAUCAAUUUAAAUAUGAAAAUGAAUGAAAUAAUUUUUGAUAGAAUGGUUUUUGGUAUGAAGUACACUGUAUAUGUCAAUUUUUUUAAGAAUAUACCAAUGUAAAUAUGUUUAGAAAAAGUUGAUAUGAUAGUGUUACCCUUGUCCGUCCAAACAAAAAUCUGUCAAUUAAUAUUAGAAUAUGAUUUUAAUGUCCCCACAAAUUUUAUGAUGGGGCAUAGUUAUCCUUGUCCGUCCAAACUUGAAAAUCUUUCAAACUAGUUAUUAAGAAUAUGUUAUUAUAUCCCCACUAUUUUAUAUUGACUUGUCCGUCCAAUUAAGAAAAUUCUUACUUAUUAUCAAGUACCGUAUAUGAUUUUAAGGUCCCCUUGAUUUUAUGUGGGGGCAUAGAUACCCUUGUCCGUCCAAGCAAAAAUCUUCUUAAUUAUACAAAUGCGACCAGUAAUUUAUGACCAGUUAUUAAUUCUUGUAGUUCAUAAUCCAUCUUACCUUCAGAUGACCCAGACCAGUUGUGGUUCGAGAACCAUUAGUAUUAUGGGAUGGGUAUGAUGUCUCUUUACUAAAUUCUGACAAAACUUGCAACUUGAUAAGCACAAUGGUUAUUUUUAGAUCACCUCGCAAGUGAUCUCAGUGCCUGUAUCAGAUAAAUGAUCAAAGAAAUUAUGAAGUACAUCACAUAAAUCAAACUAUAUAGUUGACACAUCUAAUACUUCACAUGAAUUGGUAUGUAAUGUGCAGGCUAAACAUUCAUUUCAGAUAUUAUGAAGCCAUGUUGGUCAGAAUCAGAUAAGAAGUUUUAUCUAUUGGCUGGCAGGUUCAGGUCUUGUAAGCGUUUUAGAUACGGGUAAAUGUUUAACAAUGCUGUUAUGGAGGCAGUUUUCUUUAGGGAUAGUGCUAAAUGUGACUAAGGUCAAGGUCAAUAUUUUGUGUGUUUGGGCUGCUUUUCCGGCACACCUGGUCCUCUCCUUGAACUCUUUCUGCAGUCUCUGUGAAUCGUUUUUAUCUUCGCCGUAGUAUUAUUAAAUUUCUUUAAUUUUUAAAAUGGAUGUAGAUUCUUACGUCAGCAUGUGUUACAGUAACUGGAUGUGCCGUAUAUUCUGUUUGCUUCAAUGAUCCAUAGUUUUAUGUCAUUAUUUCAGCCCUUGAGGUUGUGGAGGGAGUGGAGGUAGACCAUUAAAACCUGAUGGUUCUGUCAAAGAGAGACCCUGCUUGUAAAAACAAAACCAUAGAUAUAGGCAGUGGCCAGUUUGAACGAGAACAGUCCAAUAACAGCCUCUAGUAUAAAAGAACACUCUAUAUUGCCGAAAAUUUGCCAGGUUUUCUUUUACUUUGUGUCUUUUAGGAUCUGUCAUUUUUACAUUUGUUAAAAUUGUAGAGAAUUAUAAUGAAAGAUCUCCUUUAUGACUGAAGCAUUAAAGUACGGGCUUUAAAUGACCACAUGUAUUAUAUGUGGUUUUAUUAUUACAGUAUGUGAACUGUAAGUUAGAUCUCAUUGGUGAUUUCCAUAUUCCAUGUUUUUUUCUGAUUUUGUGAUCAGAGUGUUGUAUUAAAGAUUUGAAUGAUGGAUGAGAUAAAGUGUGUCCAUUCAUGUUGUUUGUUUCUUGUUUUAUCUUCUCUCAGACUUUCGUUUUUCAAUAUUCCUUCUUGACAACAUGCAACUGUUAUAUAUGUAUAUGUAGGUUGGCCUCAUGGAACCUUGUGGAUUUUGGAGAUUAAAUGUUUUGUUUUUUGAAGA